AAUUAUUCAUGCUGUGCCAUAUAUAGUUGUACUACUUGAGCUCAACAAAGUCGAUAUUUAGCCGUUUGGACUACCGAGCAUCCCAUGCCUUUUUUUAUCCACUUUGGAUAAUCGAGUCUGUCCUUUACUGUUGGCCGCCUAUCCACGUAGUGACCAGAGUGGCCAGAUGUGAAGCGAGCGCAUUACAGACUGUUUUGCAUAGUAGGUUUGCGAUCCAAGUUUAGUCUACAUUCAUUGUAACACCUAGUUUUAUUACUAUUAUUAGCAAUGCAGCUGAGUGAGACUGAAAAGUCAUUACCGACUAGGAGUACAGAUACUGGGAAGAGGAGAUAAGUAACUACUUUAUCACAUGCUGUGGAGAUAAACAGUUACGCUGAAUUCAAAGAAAACUGUGAGUGGGCGUGGAGCCUGGACAUAACCGGGUUGGCGAGGGGCAGGAAAAUUCGGACCAUUUUCUCCAUCCCCAAAACUGACAAUAAAUUGUUGAACAAACCCGCAAGGAAUAAUAAUAAUAAUAAUAAUAAUAAUAAUAAUAAUAAUAAUAAUAAUAAUAAGAAGAAGAAGAAGAAGAAGAAGAAGAAGAAGAAGCUGAUUGGUCAACAAUGACUCAAGAGAAGGUUCGUUCCCUUGUGGGAGUAUUCAGUGAAGAUGCACGAAUGCUGCGAGACUAUGUCACAAGUCUGCAUCAGCUCUCAUCAAAGUUGGUAGCUGCCCAUAACCAGCUAACUUCGGUGUAUCAGGAAUUAGCCAAACAUUUGAAGUCAUAUAGUACACUGAAAUUUCCAGUUGACAAUGAUCCUGAGGGAAUCAUUUCAACAACCCUGCAGCAGUUUGCCUCUUAUGUGUCAGAGAUGAGUUCAUGGGAGCACAUUGUAGCCACACAGAUUGCAGAUGGAGCAGUAUAUCCUCUUUCAAGGUUUAUUGACACAGAACUCCAUGAGAUGGAUACAAUGGCGUCCCUUUACCAGAAUGCUGGAUUGGACUUGGAGAGGGCUGUUGCUCGAUAUAGCAAGUGUCGUCGUAAAGAUCCUGAACAAGAAUAUCGUGAAUCAAAUGAGGAUGUCUACGUUUCCAAAAAGAAAUUCCAUCAGAUGGCUCUUCACUACUACUCAAAACUUAACCUUCUACAGUACACACAAAAGUCUGCUUUACUUGAGCCCAUGUUGGGUCUUUUGGUGGCUACCAGAGCACAUUACAAUAUGGGUCAUGACACACUUGUGGUUCCAGAGGUAGAGGAGUUUCUUGCAAAUAUAUCAGUAUGUGUUAAGAGUGUACAAGAAGAUCAAAGCAAAGAAAGAGAAGAAACUUUGGAAUUGAUUGAUUCUAUGAUCACUCAAUCUCAGUUAAUGUACUAUGCCCAGCCUCCUCCAGAUCUCGCUUGUAUGCCUCCAGAUACAACACUAACGAACAAAGGAGGGUAUCUUAAUGUCCAAAAAAAGUACAUGGGUGUAAUGAGUUCGUGGGAGCGCCAGUUCGUGUUUUUAGAAGGUGGAAAUCUCAUGGGGGUGCUGAAAGGAGAAGCGGCAGGUUCCUUAUUGCUGGAAAUAGACAGCUCUACUCUUGUUCAUGCUACAGAUACAGAUGACCGUCGACAUGUCUUCCAAGUUGCAACAAGCAAAAAAUCAGUUACCCUGCAAGCUCUUAAUGACCGAGAGAGAGAUGAGUGGAUGCUGACUAUUCACAAUUGUGCAAAAGAUGGAGGAUACGUCAAAGAGGAGAAGAAUGCUCAGCCAUCUUUGUUUUCUGGAGUAGGCCAAUUUUUUGCUGAUAAAUUCCAUGCGAUGGGAUCUACACCAUCUACCCCAACUGGAGUUACAACCUCUACUUCAGCAUCUUCAAAUGCAUCAACAACAGCAAGUGUUCCCCAGGAAGGUGCUAUUCCAGAUGAUGCACCUAUUGUUUUUGACCUGCUAACUUCCCCAGAGGAGACUGUUACCCUAAAUCUUGAUGAUGAUGGAGGGGAAAGAGAAACUAAUGAUGAAACUGGUGAAAGUGCAGCAAAUAACGAGGGAAAGGACAACCAUUUUUAUAUUGUCCGGUUUCUUGGUUGUAUGGGUAUCAACGUUGAUAAAGUUGUAUCUUUCAUAGCUGGUCAGAGUGUGAUCUGUGAGGUAAUGAGGAGAAUCCUAGCAGCACGUGCCAUCCACAAUGUUUUCUCCACAAAUGAACUGAAACUGUCUACCACUGAUACCCAUCUAAUCCUCACGGAUGCAGCCACUCAUAUUAUGCGUCUUCGACACAGUCUCAGUGAUGUAGCUUACUGGGCAACGCAUAACGAAAACAGAAAAUUAGUUGGUUACAUUGUUCGUCAAAGUGAUAAUGAAGGUGCAGAUAAUCCCCGGUACUCAUGCUAUGUAUUUGAGGCAGACAGCAGUGGAACAGACAUUUGUACAGCUCUUGGUGUUGCCGCAAAGAUGGCUUACAAUAAACUAAUAGAGAAAAAGACCAUGGAAAAGAAGAGAAAGCAGGAAACGAAACUACUACUGGAUAACAUAGCGCAAUUACCAGAUAAAGAUGGCCCCCCCCAAGUAAGUUCAGAUGGGCAGUUCUUAAUCUUAGAUGGAGAAAUACCUGGUUCUGCUCCAAGAACACCUUCUCUAUCAUCAGGUAGUCGAGGACCUACACCAGUUCAUACCACACAAGAACCCAGUAAAGAGGAAGACCCUGAAAGUGAAGCUUAAUGUGAAGUACUUCUUUUUUUUUUUUUUUAGAAAAUAGGUAAUGAUAAGUUUAUGUUCCAUAAAUCUCAGACAGAUAGCAUUUACUUCAGGGCCAUGAAUUUCACAAAAGCAUUGCAUCUAAUGCUCAAAGUCUUGAUUGUUAAGGUUUUUCUCUGUAGAAAUUCUCUCUCUCUUACAUCUAAUGUUGAGCAUUGUUUAGGCUGCUAAUGGUUGAGAUAUUGCAAAGCUUCACAUAUUAUCCAAAGAUAAUGUCAAGGUGUAGGAACCUUCUGGGUUUGGGAUUUGGUUAGUUUUGCAUAGGUUUUCUCAGUGUCAAUUUAUUAACCAACUCUUCCAUCUUGAUAUGGAAAGUAUGAAAUUGUAUUGUGAAUUAUGACAGUGAUUGCAAAUUUAUUAACAGUAAAUAAAUGUUUUUGUAGAUACAAAUUUAUGCUAUUGUGAGGAAAAGCUAUCCUUCCAUCAUGAAAAUAAUAUACCCAUUUUAUGUGAUGUGUUUCCCAGUGGAAUACACCAUACAAAGUUGUAAUUCUAUACAUUGGUGCUUUGUUUGCAACUGCAACUAGCUGUUGUAUAGUGUAAACUCUUUUUCUAGCAUUACAGUAAUUUUGAUCACUCAGUUUCCUUCAGAUGGUAAGGUAGUGACAUCUCAUGAUAUUUUUUGGGCUUUUACAUCUGUUCUUUAUAGCAUUUUCCCAGUAACAAGAUGUAAAUAAAUACAAAGAACAUAUUAGCUCUAAUUUUUUUACUGCGUGAUGAGAGUGAGCAGAAGUAAAAUGUCGUUCUUUCAUGGUGUUUUUUUUUAUUAGUGUUUACUAGUGUUUUAAUGUACAGUUAUGUAUGGGGUCAUACACUAGUAAUGUAUUUAUUUACUUUUGCAAAAGGGGCAUGGGAAGUGACAGCUCCAUUUCAUCACCAGGGCUGUGAAAGCUGAUGCAACUUUCACCAUCAGUGUCAUGCUUAGUGCUAUAUUAUAUGUUUGUUGAUGAACCCCACUGAUUGUAUCAAACAGACUGUUUAUGUCAAAAAGGGGUCUCAGUGUCACAGCUUUUGCCUCUUCGUACUCAAGAUGCAGUUAUUUACACUGGCAACUUGAAAUGAGUACCAAACAUUAAACAUGAUUCAGAUGCAAACGGCAUGAACUGUCUAUCACCACCUUGUCUUUUGUGAUUCAGAUAUACGUAUAGUGUCUUUGUAUUUGUACUCACUUGUAUUUUAGACACAGUAGCAUUAACUCUUUGCCAUUAUGCUAUUGAUAAGCUAAGAUGUUUGAAAUUAGAAAUGAAAGUUGGUACCAUAUGGUAAUUUAAAGUGUGUCAUGAAAUAAUGUUAACUCUUCACUACCCUGACAAAAGAAUCAUAUUGUCAUCUUACAGCCUUGCAUACUAAAAGAUAUAUAAACACAUUUUUACA